CUGGCAGAACACAACAGCGCUCCCAAAGCACUGGGUACCCAGCACUGAGCAGAUCUGUUCUUUGAGCUAAAAAACCAUGUGCUGUAGCAAGAGUUUGCUCCUGGCUGCUUUGAUGUCAGUGCUGCUACUCUACCUCUGCAGUGAAUCAGAAGCAGCAAGCAACUUUGACUGCUGUCUUCGAUAUACAGACCGUAUCCUUCAUCCUAAAUUUAUUGUGGGCUUCACACAGCAGCUGGCCAAUGAAACCUGUGACAUCAAUGCUGUCAUCUUUCACACAAAGAAAGGGUUAUCUGUGUGCGCAAAUCCAAAGCAGACCUGGGUGAAACUUAUUGUACGUCGCCUCAGCAAAAAAAUCAACAAGAUGUAAAAACUGUGGCUUUUCUGGAAUGGAAUUGGACUUAGCCCAAGAACAGAAAGAACCUUGCUGGGGCUGGAGGUUUCACUUGCACAUGAUGGAGGGUUUAGUGCUUAUCUAAUUUGCGCCUCAUUGGGACUUGUCCAAUUAAUGAAGUUGAUUCAUAUUGCAUCAUAGUUUGCUUUGUUUAAGCAUCACAUUCAAGUUAAACUGUAUUUUAUGUUAUUUAUAGCUGUAGGUUUUCUGUGUUUAGCUAUUUAAUACUAAUUUUCCAUAAGCUAUUUUGGUUUAGUGCAAAGUAUAAAAUUAUGUUUGGGGGGAAUAAGAUUAUAUGGACUUUCUCGAGAGCAACAAGCUAUUUUUUUAAAAAAACUAUUUAACAUUCUUUUGUUUAUAUUGUUCUGUCUCCUAAAUUGUUGUAAUUACAUCAUAAAAUAAGAAAAAUGUUAAUAAGACAAAUAUUGAAAAUAAAGAAAGAAACAAAAAGUUAUUUUG